UAAAUGAUGGCGCUUUCACGUUAAAGUUGGUUGGAGUUCGACAAGUUCUCCUCUAUGUUCUAUCUUUUCCUUACUUGUGAAAAGUGUGUGUUUACAUAUUUAUAUUCCACACAGUUAGAAGUAUUGCAAUCACGGUUUUAAAGAAACCUGCAGAAAUAAUAUACACAUUAUAAUAAAUAAAAGUUUCUGAUAAGCUAAACGUAGUAAAGUUGUUUAUGUUUAUAUAAAGACAAGAAUAUAUGUAGACUUUACAACGCCGUUUAUUAAUCGUCUUGUUUAUUUUUUUAAAAUAUAUUAAAAUCAUGGAAACAACACUGGCCGAAACUGCGGAGGAAAGCAGUGAAAAAGUUCUGGCUAGUCCUUCAGUACAGAUAGUGCGAGUUCCAGUGAAACAUGCUAACUUAGGCAUAAGAAGUCAUGCCAUGGAUAUGAGUACAAUGGUGGAACUAACAUCAUUUAGUACACUUGGAAAGAUACAACCAUUCCUAGUAACUAUCACAACUACCGCAGCUCUAUUAGUAGAUUUGCAUUGUCAUUUAACAGACAAGGAAAUUUGUGGCUAUUUGGGUGGACACUGGGAUAUCAAUUCACACAAUCUUUCUAUAACAUGUGCAUUUCCAUGUCGAUACUCUGGCAAGGAUAAAUCAGCUGCAGCAGCCGUGGAAGCUGAAAUUGCAAGAGCUAUGGAAUGGAAACGUGUUAUAUUGGUAGGUUGGUAUCAUUCUCACCCACGCUCUCAUGCAUCACCUUCCUUGAGAGAUGUAGAUUCUCAAUUGGAUUAUCAGAUAAAAAUGAAGGGACCUAGCGAUAAUGGAUACACACCAUGCGUAGGAUUGAUAUGCUCUCCUUACAAUAUGGAUGGCAAUUGCUAUGAAUCAAAUUUUAAUGUUUUUUGGUCUCUGCCGCCACCUGAAAAUAGACCCCAUGAAUAUCCACGACCCAUGCUUCUCAGUUAUACACUAUCACAGGAACAUUUUCUUUCUCAAGAUACAUUAGAGGAGAUUAGAAGAUCCAUAGAAUAUUAUAAGAGUGAAGGUGGCAUCGACUUUACUGCCAAUUUUAAUGGUAAUACAACAUAUCUCGAACGUUUAAGAUGUUCUCUAGCGUCAAAACUGCCUGGCCGGAAUAGAUCAAAUGGCUCAUAUUGGGAUGUGAUUAGGGAAAUGAUUUGCCCAGGUUCGGAAGACGGCAAUACGCCUGACUUCUUGACCAUGAAAUUUCCCUUAGUACCUUCUUCGGAAUCACUUGGGCCGCCUGUUCCACCGGGCGUUGGUCUUGCAGCCGGUAACGCAGCUGUUUUCCUCGCGCCAGUCAACUUUAAACCUGACGGCGGCGCCAUAAUUACUCCCACGUCCAAACCGUAUGUGCUGCAACCCUCAACUUCCCGGGACAGUAUCAAGAAAGACAGCAUCUGUGCUAACGAUGCCGCGUCUAUUACUCAAAUAAAAGAUGGUAAUCCCAUCGUAAGUUCCAAGCACAUGUCACCGUCGGAGAUCUUGCCGAGCUUCCAGUCGGGCGAACUCACAGUGUCGGUGAAGAACGCAAAGUGCGACUAUGAUUUCACACCGGCCGAUUUCUCGAAGCUGCCAAACCCUCUAACUGGCGACGGCAAGACGCGAACAUCGGCAAAUCCUGAUUUUCCGUUAGCAGAUAUUACUCAACAAAUCACGAAAUUCUCGGAUCUGACGAAACUGGCGAACUUCUCUCCUGCCGAUUUGGCGAAGCUAUCCGGUUUCUCAAUUGCGGACUUCACGCGAACUUCAUCGCCCUCACCGUCGACAUAUAUGCGUAACAUCGCGAACCUGUUCGGCCCCCUCGGUAAGAUCUCACCGGCAAAAGAUGUGGAUUGUAACGAACGCAAGCCAGGUGACUUUGUCACUGUCGACACAGUGCCAUCAUCUUUCAAGACUGCCGGUUCAUCAGAUACUUGCAGAAACUUCUCAACAAGCGCCGAGGAUUAUAUGAGCGACCGGAAAAAAUUGGAUGCGCAAAUCGAUUCGACGAAGAUCGGCAGACCGGGCGAAUAUCAAGGAACAGAGGAUCUCACAAUAUCGAGCGUUAAAUCUGACUUCGGCGGCAUGCUAGACAUGACAACGUUACACAAAAAGUCGUCGGCCGAUAUGGGAGAUUCUUUAAAUCUUUCCAAAGAUCGUUAAACUUGAAAAACGUAUUCAAUAAAAAAAUCAUAUAGAUAUACAGUAUUAUUAUCUAAGAGAAUCAUAUUCUAAAAAUCUAGAAUUUGUACAUUAUUUUGACUAAUUUUCUCUUAAAAUAAAUAGUUUUAAUGAAACUAUAAACUUUGACGAA